AUGAUUAUUACGAGUUUUUUUUGGCGUACAUGCGUUAUGACUCGACAAUUAGAAAUAUUACGUCUUUAUCACGAUUUAUUAAGAUAUGGUAAAACUCUACGUUACACAGACGUUGAUUUUUAUUUAAAUCGUAUUCGACAAGAAUUUUCAAAAGGAAAAGCUUUAGAAAAAGAAGACGAUAUCGUACGUUCUGGGCUUGAUCAACAACCCACAUAUUUCACACAUCCACAUCUAUUAAAACAAAAUGAAUUAACAUCAGGUAUUACAAAACAAGAAUAUAUUGAUCGUCGAGAAAAAUUACAAAAUAUAAUUAGUCAUUAUCUACGUACACAAUCACAAAUGUUUAGUGAAGAAAAUUUUUGUAUUUUUUUACCAUCAUCUACACGUAUCAAUAUGGGACCCGAUGUCUUAUAUCAAUUUAAACAACAAAGUGAUUUUUUAUAUUUUACCGGUUGUUUACAACAUGAUUGUUGUCUUUUGUUGACUGGUAAAACGACACAAAAUGAUGGUCAAUUUAAAACAUAUUUAUUCUUAUCUGAACGUCAAGAUGAUGAUAAUGAAUACUAUUCACGAUGGUUUGGUUCGUAUAUAUCAGACAAAGUAAAAAUUAGUAGUAUGUACAAUAUUGAUCAUAUUUAUUCUAUCAACGACUUACAAACAUUUAUAAAUAAAUCUAAACGUAAUUAUGUUUUAUUUUAUGAUAAAGAGUUUGCAAUAGAAACAAAUUUAAAUCAAAAACUUUUAAACGAACAAUUAAUGCCAUUUGUUGGAACAUUUUCAACUAUCUUUGAUAAUUUAAAAUUAUUUACACACUAUAUGCGUUCAAUUAAAUCAACGGCAGAACAACACAUUAUGAGACAAGUGUGUCAAUUAACAUCAACGGCUUUCAUAGAUACCAUGAAAUAUUCAUUACCGAAUAUGAAUGAACAAAUGAUACAGACAAAAUUUCAAUAUGAAUGUUUAAUGAAUAUUGGAGUCAGUGAUUUGGCAUUUAAACCGGUUGUAGCUGGAGGAACAAGGUCAAAUAUCAUACAUUAUGUUGAUAAUAAUCAAUUUAUUAAAAACGGUGAACUAAUUCUACUCGAUGGUGGAUGUCUGUACAAACAUUAUGCAAGUGAUAUAUCGCGGUCAUGGCCGAUAUCUGGACGUUUCAAUAGUGAACAGCGGCAUCUAUACGAAAUAUUAUUAACUGUUCAAAAAGAAUUACUUGACAUAUGUACUACUAAUAUGUCACGAAAAGGUUUGAAUGACUUCAUGGAACAACGAUUAGCCAAAUAUUUACAAGAAGAACAUAUUCUUUCACGUAAAAUAUUAACUGAACAUGAAGUGAAGAAAGUUGUGGAAUAUUUGUCAUCAACAGCCGUUUCUCAUCAUCUUGGAAUGGAUGUACACGAUUGUGCAUCAAUUCCAUUCAAUGAGAAAUUUGUUUCUGGUAACGUGAUUACAAUCGAACCAGGGCUAUAUAUUCCUGAAACGUGUAUGGAUGUUCCAUCUGGUUACCGUGGUUUAGCAUUUCGAAUUGAAGAUGAUGUGUUGAUAACACAAAACGGUUAUGAAGUUUUGACACAAUCUUGUCCAAAAGAAGUAGAUGAUCUACAUCAGAUAUUAGAUCAGAGAAUAAAAUAA